UCCAUGAAAAAUAUGUAACAAUCCAAAGAAGAAACUAUUAAUUUGUCAUGAUACUGUUCAUGAUAUAUCUAAUUUUGUUAUGUUUAUAAAGCCACACCUCCCUUUUCAUUCUGAUUUUACAAGUCAUAUACACUUCUGGUUUGUUUCAGCAUUUUAUGAGUGAGUUGGGACCAUCAGAAGAAUACCCCGAUCCUUUGCCAGCUAAUGGAGGAGAAAUAAAAAGUGCCGCCUUCAUUGGAGACUCAGGCAUUCUGUUGGACACAGCACUGAACUGAGCAAUGAUAUGGGGGAUCCCCAGCCCACUUCAGUCCCAGUUAACACUCCAGACAGUACUGGCCAUGUAGCAGCACCACAGCAAGAACAUGAUCUUGUACAAACUGAUGUCCAAGGAACAUCUUUGGAACUGCUAUCAGCAGCAGCUGAAAUCAAGAGGCUUCAGCAACAAGUUCAUCAGUCUGAAGUCUUAUUCAAUGAAUACAGAGUGUGGUAUGAACAACAUGAAGCUACAUUGGGAAAUCCUGUAAGUGAUGACAAACCCAAACCACUGACUGUUCAGGAGAUUUUAAAGGAGGAAUCACAGAUUCAAGGAUUAUUUGAAUAUUAUAAAGGAUUCAAAUUCUCAACAUUCCAGGCCCUACUUGACUUUCUCACUAUUCAAGCCCCACAACACCAUAAUAACAGGAAAGACAUAGUUAACAUGGAGUGUGAGGAUAAACUGUUGUUAACAUACCGUGAAACGUUGUAGGAAGAAACUCGUAAACUAGGCCUGCUGCACAUCAGAUCUUGUCACUCUUAGAUAUUGAAGAAUGGAGGAAGCGUAAUACUAUAUAAUUUUGGGAAUGGGGCAUGGGGUAAUAAUGUACUGAUGAUUUGUUAUCAACACAGAAUUAAUGCUUUGUCCUUAAAAAGAGGACAAAAGGGAGGGAUAAAUGUCUAUGUUAUGCCUUUAUGUAAGCUGCUAUUCACUUCAUUUGCAGAA